GCAGAUUAGAAAAACGAAAAACAGACGGCAGUGGGAUUUGGAUGGUGUUGCCGCAUCCGUUCAUGAGGUAUGACUGUGUUAAGACGGUGCACGAAGAAAUUGCGGCUCAUUUCGGCGUACGAAUCACGGAGUCCGCUAUCGACAAAAAUGAGUGGUACUGGUUCAAUAUCCACGACGAUGUGAAGUACAUCGUCGCCAACUGUCAAGUCUUGAGGCCCGGUCAUCGGGAACUUAUCGCGCAAGAUAUCACGAUCCCUGUAGCGGAGCUGGCGGAUGACCUCCCUCUGGACAUCAUCGUGCAAGACGACGAGCAUCCGGUUCCCCACCUGCUCUCUCGCACAUUGACACCUUACCUUCAGUGGUCGGCUUGUGUAGAGGGAGCCGCAGAACGCAUCCCGCCGUCGCAGCAACAGUAUUUCGAUCCCCGGACGACUCUCGAUCCUGCCUUCUUCAGGUACCCUACAGCGGAGCAGUUUGCUGCCAUCCGAGAAGAAGAGGAGGAAGAAGAGAGCACCGGGAGUGACGAAGGAGAAGACGCGCGGGAAGAAGGCGGGGAUAUCGACGAAGUGCUCGGUGAAGAGGACAAACCCCCCGAGGAAGGAAGCUAUAGCGAGCAUAGCGAGGGGGAACAGAGCGAAGAAGAAGAAGACGAGGAAGAAGAAGAGGAGCAUGAAGAGGAACCUGCUGGAUCGGAGUGGGAAGCUGUGCCGGAAGAAGCACUGCAUACAGGCACGGAGGCGGAGGACCCCGAGGCAGCCCGCAAAAGAGAAGAAUUCGCGGCCGGAAAGAAUUUAGAACUCGCGAGCGUGGCGAAUGUCAUGGUCAUAGGCGCCGUUGAUAUCGUUGAUGUUGUUGAUGUGAUUAUUGCUGUUGCAGAUGUCAUCGUCGUGAGCACCGUUGCGGUUGUUGAAGCGUUUGUUGCUUUGUAGAUAUCAUUAUCUUAUCCGCUGCCGGUGGUGAUGAAGUUGUCGUCACUGUUUUGUGAGUCAUUGAUGGAACGCCUGUCGAUAUUUAGCCACUUACAGCAUUUGUGUCUGAUGACGUCGCCCCUGGUGUAGUUGCCGUUAUCGUUGUUGUUGACUCGAACUCGGCAGAAUAAGUGAUGACAGGAUUGGGGACACCAGCUUGCAGCUGAGCUUUGGUCGUCAGCCUCGCCUUCAGCUCAUCGUAGUAAUCUACGCCCUGGUCGAAAGUCAUGUUACAACUGUUUAUCAGAGUCUGAGCCCGCUGCCAAUCAACAAAAGCCUCUAGUGCUG